GCAUAGCCAAAAGGGGAGACAAUUAGGAAAAUAGUUUGUUGAUGAAAACAAAACAUGGAUCCACUAUUUCUCGCAUACAGCUAUUUUAGGCGAAGAAAGUACCAGAAAUGUGUUGAUAUUUGUACGCAACUCCUUGAGAAGAAUCCUUAUGAUCAGGCAUCAUGGACAUUGAAGACACGGGCACUGACAGGUCAGGUGUAUGUAGACGAGGUGGAUGUGGAUGAAGAGGGAAUUGCAGAGAUGUUGAUGGAUGACAAUGUUAUAGCAAGUGUCACACGACCAGGGACAUCACUACGUGGAGUCAAACCAGGGACUGGCCAGGGAGCACCAAGUCAGGGUGUCAGGCCUACGAGUCAAUCUGGUCGUCCUUUGAGUGGAUUUGUCCGCCCUGGUACCCAAUCGGGUCGCCCUGGCACCAUGGAACAGGCCAUUCGAACCCCUCGUACGGCUCACACAGCCAGACCUGUCACUAGUGCUUCGGGAAGAUAUGUCAGACUGGGAACAGCAUCCAUGUUGUCCAAUGCUGAUGGUCCGUUCAUCAACCUGGCUCGACUCAACUUUAACAAAUAUGCCUCAAGACAAAACUUGGCGAAGGCUCUCUUUGAAUAUAUUUUCCAUCAUGAAAACGAUGUGAGAAAUGCCCUGGAGCUGGCUGCUCUAGCUACAGAAUCCUGUCAGUACAAGGACUGGUGGUGGAAGGUCCAGCUAGCCAAGUGCUACUACAGGCUGGGAAUGUAUCGAGAUGCAGAGAAGCAGCUGAAAUCAGCCUUGAAGCAGGACGAGAUGGUUGACAGCUUCUUAUACCUGAGUAAGGUAUACAUUAGGCUGGACCAGCCCCUCACUGCAGUGGAUACAUACAAGUCGGCACUGGAAAAGUUUCCGGGAGAGACCAGUCUCCUCACCGGCAUUGCCAGGAUUUAUGAAGGUUUGAAUGAAAUGGACAAUGCUGUAAAGUUCUACAAGGAGGUAUUACACUUUGACAACAUGCAUGUUGAAGCUGUUGCCUGUAUAGGAACAAAUCACUUCUACACAGACCAGCCAGAGGUGGCACUCAAGUUCUACAGACGGUUACUACAGAUGGGGGUAUUCAACGCGGAACUCUACAACAAUCUGGGGUUGUGCUGCUUCUAUGCCCAGCAGUAUGACAUGACACUCACAUGUUUUGAACGAGCACUCUCAUUGGCUGAUGACCAGACACUUGGGGAUAUUUGGUUCAACAUCGGUCAUGUGGCACUGGGUAUCGGUGACAUGAACCUGGCCUACCAGUGUUUCCGGAUGGCUCUCGCCAGCAACAAUGACCAUGCUGAGGCUUACAACAACCUGGGUGUUCUGGAACUCCGACGUGGACACAUAGAGCAGGCCCGGGCAUUCUUCCAAGCAGCAUUUGUUCUGGCACCCCACAUGUACGAGCCCCACUACAACUUUGCUGCUCUAGCAGACCAGCUUGGUGACCUUCAGAGCAGCUACAACGCCGCCAAGCGAGCCGUGGACGCCUUUGCCAACCACACCGACAGCAAAGAGCUCCUGAAGCAGCUGAAGCAACACUUCUCUCUCCUGUGAUCAAAACUCUCAUCUGUGAUCAGCUCUCUGUCUUCUGUGACUGGAUGUCUCUAUCCAGUGGUCUCUCUAUCCUGUAAUUAGAGGAUGGCUCAAUGUUUCAAUGAACUUAGUGGAUAAGGUGUUUGCUUUUCAUUCAGAAGGCCUGGGUUUGGUUCUAGGGUUAGGUGACAUUUUAGGAAAUGCAAAAUGUAUUUGACCAGCACUGGCCCAGUGUCUUCUAGAAUAUCAAACUCAAACAGGUCUCAGAUGGUCCCAGAUAAGUCAAGCACUGUGAUGGGGAACACCAGAAAGGCUCCUCACUCUGUGACCUGUGUCUGUUGUUUGUUCUCACACAGCAGGGACCAAUUCUAUAGCUGAUUCAUCCUGGCCGAUUUGGACUUAACUACAUAUCACUUAACUUCAUAAAUCUUUUAUUUGACAUUUACAAACUAGUAGUUGGUUAAUCUUAAGCAUAGAUUAAAAGCUAUGAAAUGAAUAGGCAUGUCUCCUGCAAUCUGAUUGGUCAAAGACAUUAGAUAAUAUUGGAUCCAUGGAAACCUUUCAGACUUUUUGUUUUACAUGAAUACCUGUCUUCAUAAGUAUGUAUUUUUUUUAAUCCAAAAGUUAGAGAAAAAUUAACAUACUAUUUGGAAUGUGAAGACACACUGACUUUUAUCACUGGUAUUUAUCAGAACUACUUUGGUUCCAAAUGAAAUUUCCCAGCACCAACUACCUAACAUGCUUACAUUAGGUAUGUAUUACUGUACACAUUAUUCUGAUGACAUGGUAUCCAGCUUAACUUGUUCACUGCUGUAGGUGAGGUGUCUGUGUUCCAUCCACUGUGUUGCAUACUGAACUAUCUCGUCAUCUCUACAUCCUCCAUUCCAGUACUGUCCGUCCAGAUGGCAAUACAUCCUUGUCUGUUUGUGAAAUAUUGUCUGUGAUAUGUUUAUAUGAAAUGAAUCCUGUAGAAAUAAAAACUAAUUAAAUAGA